AUGGACGAUUUACAGCCACGGAGUGGCAAACGCUAUUUGGAUAUCAAAACAUCAGGGACUGGCUGUGUGAAGAUUCAGAAAAUAGAAUGUGAUAACUGCAGAAUAGAAACGGAGAAGGGGACUAGUGUCUUGCAGUCAAUAAAGAGCCAUAAAAUUGAUAUACGAACAAAUGGUGGCAAAGUAAUUGGUCUUGGAACGCUUUAUGGAAAUACAGAUAUUCGUGCAACAGAGAAGGGUAGUGUGAAUAUAGAGAAGCUGCAGGGGACAUCCAUCAACAUAUCUACUGAAGAUGGGCUGCUGAAAACUAAGUAUCUCUAUGCAGAAUCCUCAUCUCUUUCUUCAGAAGCUGGUGAUAUUCUGCUGGGAAGUAUUCAUGGUAACACCAGCCUUCAGACCAAAACAGGGAAUAUCACUGUAGAUUCAUCAGAUGGAAGUCUAAAAGCCUCUACACAUCAUGGGGCAAUAGAUGUUUACGUCAGUCAAUUAAGAAAAGUGGAUCUGAAAUCCCACAAAGGUUCUAUUACAGUCAAGGUACCUGCCUCUCUCAAAGCCUAUUUACAGUUGUCUGGAAGAAAGGUGGAUGUGAGCUCAGAGAUCCAAUUAAAAGAAACAGAGAGUGCCUCCAAAGAUGAUCACGUAACUAUAAGCGGCCACAUGAAUCAGAAGAAUGAAACGGACAAAUGGAUUAAGGCUGACACACAAAAUGGCAAAGUGUAUCUUAAAAGCCAGAGCUGGAUCCAGUCUGUCAAGCUGAAGAGUUCUUAAAGGUGAAAGAGGCCAGAGGGUUAAAUCAGGAAAUUGUAAAGGAACACUUCUCUAAAAUAAUGAAGAUUUUUUAAUGUAUAUUCUUAAUAUGAGAGAAAUUAUAUGUUAAAUGAGGGUGUUUU